AUGUCUGAUUCCUCUGAGCCUGCCUCACCAGGCAUUAUCCACGAAUUCCCACGAGAUCGAUUGGAGCUGCAUGAACAUCACCACCGUCACGAACAUCAGAAUGGUCUCGGUCCUUCGCAGCCGCCGACUAUCUACGUUCCUCCUGCAUACAUGCCCGGAGGUCGGAGGUCACUCUCAGGAGUAUCGAUAAGGGCUUUCGGCCUAGGCAUUGCACUGGGCCUUUGUUCACUUUUGACGAUCGAGUUCGUUUACUGGGGCUACGGACUUUGGCGGGCGCCGUGCUUCGUGACCAUUCUGGCGUUAUUUCACUACUUGGAAUUCGACAUGACAGCACGAUACAACCCUCCUGAAGCAUCGAUCUCGUCGUAUCUUUUACUUUCUAAUGGUCUGGCCUAUGCUGCAGCGCACACUGCGGCAGUACUGGAGGUAUUACUCCGUUACUGGCUGCACUCGACAUACAAGCCGCAGUGGCUAAGCCUGCCCUUUCCCAUGCCCUCAUUCACUCUCGGUGUUCCAACAGCUCUAAGCGUCGGGUGGGGUAUCAUUCUAGUUGCCGUUGGCCAGUUCGUGAGAAGCACUGCCAUGAAGCAAGCCAAUACCAAUUUCAACCACGUCGUCCAGUGGACGAAGCGUUCUGAUCAUGUCUUGGUAACCCACGGUGUGUAUGCAUUUUCCCGACACCCGUCUUAUUUCGGAUUCUUUUGGUGGGGAAUUGGGACCCAGGUAUUGCUGGGAAAUCGAUUUUGUUUGGUAGCAUAUGCUGUGGUCUUGUGGAAAUUUUUCAACCAUCGCAUCAAGCACGAGGAACGUCAUCUUGUCUCCUUCUUCGGCCAACAGUAUCUGGAUUACCGCAAUCGUGUCCCGGUGCGAAUCCCCUUUAUUCGGUGA